AUGCAUCGAGAUUUAAAACCUCCAAAUGUUCUUUUAACUAACAAUAGAAUUGUUAAAUUGGCUGAUUUUGGUCUUUCUCGUUUAAAUUUAGCUGUUCACGCACAAACAUUUUGUGGUACUCCUUAUUAUAUGUCACCUGAACGAAUUAUUAAAGAAUCAUAUACUUUUGCUUCUGAUAUUUGGUCGUUGGGUUGUAUUUUGUAUGAGAUGGGUGCAGCAAAAUCACCAUUCUAUGGUGAAAAGGAUAAUUUUCAAUCCUUGAUGCAAAAAAUACAGAAUGCAGAAUACCCGCCUAUACCCGAUGACAGAUAUACUCCUCAUCUUGAAGCUUUAAUUGUAUCUUGUAUGCAUCCAAUUAUGAAUGAAAGACCAAAUGCAUUUACAGUUUAUGAAGUAACUGAAUAUAUGAAUGGUUUAUGGAGAUAA